GGAUCAGACAUCAUUCGAGCACUACGCUUCGUACAGCAAACAACUCAGCUAAAACGCAAACUUAAAUUCAAAAUGUGCCAGAGCCAGAACAUCGUCAACAACAUGAACAUCAAAUCGAACAAGAAAUCCUACAGCGUGAAGAAGCUGCUGCAGAAGAUCUUCAAACAGCAUCAGCAACAGGUCGAGGAGCAGCAGAACAUGCAAAACACACACAAGGCCAACUCAUUGGAAUCGCUGGAGUCCAUUGAGAACAGCCGCAACGCCGAUCUUGAGUCCAUCGCCAACAAAUCCUGCGCCGCCUCGCUGGAAUCCUAUGAGAACGAAGCCAAUGAGCGUCUCUCCGCCUCCUGCGAAAUGGAGGACUACGAGCUCGAGCAAAUGCCAACUGUGCCAGUACACUUUGUGCGCACCGCUCAUGGCACCUUCUUCUGGACCGCCGCCUCCGAUCUGCCCGCCGACAACGAUCUUGUCGAGCCACUGUACUGCAGCACCGCCAAUGAAAUAGCCGUCGCUCAGUUCCAGGAUCGUUGGGUGCAAGCCUAAACAUGCGUUUGGUCAGCCAAACACACACGCAACAAUGUCUUCCAUUUGGGGCCGGUGGUUCCAGCUUCCUGCUUUAAGGCGUCUUCUGUUAAUUUUUUGAAAAAAAUGCAAACAAAAUUAACUGCAAGUCGCUUAACACUCAACUGAGCUUUACAAAAUUGUGAUAAAUUUUAACUCAUAUUUUUACAAAAAUAUAUAUACAAUUUAAAGAAAAAACAA